ACACUGAUAAAGACGGUAACUAGCUAGUAAAGGAGUGCACGGGGAAUGAUGAUGACGGACAUUAGGCCACAGACAGGUGAAGAUGACAGCUGUUAUUGACUGAAUGACACUUUUUAUUUUUGCCUUUGACAGUGUGUGAAUACCACUUUGACUACAAGAUUCUGCAGAAACCAGUAGAUCUGCGUGGGCAUCUGAUCUGCACAGAGCAACAUACACAUAAUCUGUAGGCUGGCCAGGUGUAAACUACAGGUUUAGGCACAGAUGCAUAUAGAUGGGACAGAGGGACAGGUCCAGGCUAACAAACAGGUAUUUGGGAUGAAGGAGAGAGGGCAGGUACCAGACAAAGAUCCCUGGCCAGUGGCCCCAGAGGUCAGAAAGAUGGGGGUUAAGGGACCCAGCUUUAAGCCCCAAAUGGAGGGGGUGAAGCGGACUCUGAGGGUGACGAACCCCUUGGCUCGGGAGUGUUUGGGAGAGCUGAUGGGAACAUUUAUUCUGCUGAUGUUUGGCUGUAGUGCAUCAGCCCAGGUGAAGACCAGUAGAGAGACUAAGGGACAGUACCUCUCAGCCAACAUGGCCUUCUCUGUAGGGGUCAUGUCUGCCAUGUACCUCUGCAAGGGGGUCUCAGGAGCCCAUCUGAACCCAGCGGUCACUCUGAGUUUCUGUUCGUUGGGCAGGGUGCCAUGGGUGAAGCUGCUCCCAUACUCUCUGUGUCAGGUGCUGGGAGCUUACCUGGCCUCUGGCCUGGUCUUCCUGGUCUACUAUGAUGCUAUCAUGGACUUCAGUGGAGGGAAUUUGACAGUGUAUGGGGCUAAUGAGACGGCGUCCAUCUUUGCCACCUAUCCCUCCGAGCACCUAUCUCUCAGCAGCAGCAUCCUAGACCAGGUGGUGGGCACUGCCAUGUUGAUGCUCUGCAUCCUCCCAUUGGAUGACCAGAAGAAUAGUCCUGCCCCCGAUGCUCUGAUCCCGCCCAUCGUUGCCGUGGUAGUCCUGGGGAUCGGCAUGUCGAUGUCGUCCAAUUGCGGCGGAGCGAUAAACCCUGCCCGUGACCUGGGGCCACGCCUCUUGACACUGACCGCCGGCUGGGGCACUGAGGUGUUCACGUGUUAUAACUACUGGUUCUGGGUUCCCAUGAUGGCUCCUCUGCUGGGAGGGAUGGUGGGCUCUGGGAUGUAUCUGGUCUUCAUCGCAUGGCACCUGCCCGACCUUCCAACGAACCCUCCCAUAGACAGCUCCUCUACCAAGCCCACCACGGAGGUGUGGAAGCAGCCCCCAGCACCAGAGAAGGAAGGCGUGGAGUUGAAAACGGCCGUUUUCUAGAAAGGGUAGAGAGAGUCAGGGUCUGGUGAGAAACUGGUGAAUCAACGUUGUUUCCAUGUCACUUCAACACCCAAGAUUAAUGUGAUGAUGUUGAAUCUACGUGAAAAACUGAUUGGAUUUGCAAAAACUCAUCAAUAUAACGGCAUUUCAUCUUAUUUACACCCAACUUUUCACCUAAUUCCAAUGUUUUUGAUUUCACGUUGAAUUCACGUUAGCUGACAACCAAACCAAAUGUCAAUCAAAACUAGGUUGAACUGACUGCUUUGCCCAGAGGGGAGACAUUUCUCUGGCUGUUUCCUAUAGGAGAAAGGACAUGCUAACAGACUGAUGGGAGAACAUUUGUCCAAGCCUCCUCUCCUGUCAUUUUGUUCUAUUGAGAUGCUACUGCUGAUUGAGGAUCAGGUGUAUAUAUUAGUAGUGAGCUUCAAAAACACACAGUCAGAGGUGAAAGGAGAAGUUGAUAUUAUGAUUAGAGCCAGGCGUUCUGGUUGUUUUUUGAGGGUUUUAUCUUUGACAGGUAUUUACAACAUUAUCCACUGGGUUUGCUGCAGGGAGAAAAUCCAAGGAAAUGCUCUUUAUUUGAAACAAGCUGUCUCCAAUCAAUAAUUCAUUGUUUGGUUGUGAGUGAGUGUUUCGGGGAGGUGUAGCUCAAGUCAGGGGAGGUGUAGCUCAAGUCAGGGGAGGUGUAGCUCAAGUCAGGGGAGGUGUAGCUCAAGCCAGGGGAGGUGUAGCUCAAGUCAGGGGAGGUGUAGCUCAAGUCAGGGGAGGCGUAGCUCAAGUCAGGGGAGGUGUAGCUCAAGUCAGGGGAGGUGUAGCUCAAGUCAGGGGAGGCGUAGCUCUACGAAAAGUAAUUGCACAAAACCUAUUAAUUGGCAGAGAAUGCUAUUUAUACACUGAACAAAAAUAUAAAGGCAACAUGUAAAGUGUUGUUCCCAUUUUUCACGAGCUGAAAUAAAAGAUUCCAGAAAUGUUCCAUACACACACAAAAAAAGCUUAUUUCCCUCAUUUUGUGCACACAUUUGUGUGCAUACCUGUUAGUGAGCAUUUCUCCAUUGCCAAGACAAUUCAUCCACCUGACAGGUGUGGCAUCUCAAGAAGCGGAUUAAACAGCAUGAUCAUUACACAGGUGUACCUUGUGCUGGGGACAAUAAAAGGCCACUCUAAAAUGUGCAGUUUUGUCACACAACACAACGCUACAGAUGUCUCAAGUUUUGAGGGAGUGUGCAAUUGGCAUGAUGACUGCAGGAAUAUCUACCAGAGUUGUUGCCAGAUAAUUGAAUGUUAAUUUCUGUACCAUAUGCCACCUCCAACGUCGUUCUUGAGAAUUUGGCAGAACGUCCGACCAGCCUCACACCCGCAGACCAUGUAUAAACGUGUUCACCUGCAGGAUUGAGACCAGCCACCUGGACAGCUGAUGAAACUGAGUAUUUCUGUCUAUAAUAAAGCCCUUUUGUUUGAAAAAA